AUUUUUAGCUGCGGAUUUCCGUUCCGUCUAUCGAAUACGCCCUCUGGAUUUCUAGGGUCCGCGUUCCUUAUCUUCGCUUUCUUCUUCAGCUCUCUCUCGAUCUUUCGAAUUCUUCGAUCUCGCGCCAGAUCCGAGAGCUUGGUGCUUGAAUCUAGUCUCCUCCCUUUCCCUGGGACGAUAUCAACGCGAAGAUGUAUGGAUUCGAAGCCCUAACGUUCAACAUCCAUGGGGGGUACCUGGAGGCGAUCGUCCGGGGCCACAGGUCUGGCCUGCUCACCGCCGCCGACUACAACAAUCUCUGCCAGUGCGAAACCCUAGACGACAUCAAGAUGCACCUUUCCGCCACCGAGUAUGGCCCCUACCUCCAGAACGAGCCUUCUCCUUUACAUACGACUACAAUUGUGGAGAAAUGCACUCUGAAACUGGUUGAUGAAUACAAACAUAUGUUAUGCCAAGCCACAGAGCCGUUGUCAACUUUUUUGGAGUAUAUAACGUAUGGUCACAUGAUUGAUAAUGUUGUCCUUAUUGUCACUGGUACGUUGCAUGAGAGAGAUGUUCAGGAAUUAUUAGAAAAAUGCCAUCCUUUGGGUAUGUUUGACAGCAUUGCAACCCUUGCUGUUGCACAAAACAUGCGUGAGCUAUACAGAUUAGUUCUUGUUGAUACACCAUUGGCUCCAUACUUCUCAGAGUGCAUCACAUCUGAGGACUUGGAUGACAUGAAUAUUGAAAUUAUGAGGAACACGCUCUACAAAGCUUACCUCGAGGAUUUUUAUAAAUUCUGUCAGAAACUGGGUGGAGCAACUGCUGAGAUAAUGUCUGAUCUCCUUGCUUUUGAAGCUGAUAGAAGAGCUAUCAAUAUCACCAUAAACAGUAUUGGCACCGAGUUGACUAGAGAUGAUCGACGGAAGCUUUAUUCCAAUUUUGGCUUGUUGUAUCCCUAUGGUCAUGAAGAACUUGCUGCAUGUGAGGACAUUGACCAGGUUCGUGCUGUUAUGGAGAAAUAUCCUCCAUAUCAAACAAUUUUUGUAAGGCUGUCUUAUGGCGAAAGCCAGAUGCUUGACAAGGCAUUCUAUGAAGAGGAGGUGAAAAGGCUCUGCCUGGCUUUUGAACAGCAGUUCCAUUAUGCUGUGUUCUUCGCAUACAUGAGACUGAGGGAGCAGGAGAUAAGGAACCUGAUGUGGAUCUCUGAAUGUGUGGCACAGAAUCAGAAGUCCCGGAUUCAUGACAGUGUGGUCUUCACUUUCUGAGUACUCCUAGUUCAGAUCGAACUUUCAAGAUAAAUCAGGAGACACAACCCUUCAUUUUAUAUUUUGGUUUCUCUUAGACUGUUGAUUGUUGCAAAGAAGGGAUCAUAUAUCAUUUAUCAUGGCAUGGCCAAAAUAAUAUGUAAACCAUUUUGUUUAGGGGGAAAAUGCCAUACUUGUAAGCAGCUUUGUAAUGGCUCAGGGAUUAUUUAAUAUGUGGGUUUUGUUUAAUCAUCGUGUUGCUAAUAUUGAUCCAAUAUCAGGGUUCUCGGAGUGGAUUUGCAAAUGGUUCUUUAUUUGAAAAAUAAUAUUGAUUACUGCUUC